AUGCCCGGACUUAUACUCACUCGUCCCACGGCACACACCAAGUGGCGCUGCAACAAGUUCAUCAACUUGAUCGGUCGACCCAAAUGCAUAAUGGUGUCCGAUAUGGGUACUGAUAAAUGCUCUUUCUGUGGCAAUACUCGUGAUAUAGGCGCGGAUGCUCUGAAUGACAGCGAGGAAAAGAUUGGGAGUCUUGUUGAUAUCGCUUUUGGCGAGGAGGUGUGGGAGUACUACUCGUGA